AUGGUCAAAGCAGCCGACUCCCCCGCCUGGAAGGCGCUCGAGGAGCACCACUCCAGCGUCGGAAAGUCCUUCGUCCUGAAGAAGGAGUUCGAGAGCGACCCCAAGCGCUUCGACAAGUUCUCCUUCGCCUUCGACAACGCCGCAGACAAGUCGCAGAUCCUCUUCGACUUCUCCAAGAACUUCCUCACCGACGAGACCCUCAAGCUGCUCGUCGAGGUCGCCAAGGCUGCCGGCGUCGAGAAGCUCCGUGAUGAGAUGUUCAACGGCGAGAAGAUCAACUUCACUGAGGGUCGUGCGGUGUACCACGCUGCGCUCCGCAAUGUCGCUAAUGAUGUCAUGGAGGUCGAUGGCGUGAAUGUAGCGCCUGAGGUGAGCAAGGUCUUGGACCACAUGAAGGAGUUCAGCGAGCAGGUUCGCAGCGGCGAGUGGAAGGGUUUUACUGGCAAGAAGCUGACCACCAUUGUUAACAUCGGCAUUGGCGGUUCUGAUCUUGGCCCUGUCAUGGUUACUGAGGCGCUGAAGUUCUAUGGUGAUCGCGACAUGAAGCUCCACUUUGUUUCCAACAUUGAUGGAACCCACAUCGCCGAGGCUCUGAGGGAUUCGGACCCAGAGACGACCCUUUUCCUCGUCGCCUCCAAGACCUUCACCACUGCUGAGACUACCACAAACGCCAACACCGCGAAGAACUGGUUCCUGGCCAAGGGCGGAAACCAAGACGCCAUCGCAAAGCACUUCGUCGCUCUCUCCACCAAUGAGGAGGAGGUCACCAAGUUUGGCAUCGACGCCAAGAACAUGUUCGGCUUCGAGAGCUGGGUCGGCGGCCGCUACAGCGUCUGGAGCGCUAUCGGCCUCAGCGUCGCCCUCUACAUCGGCUUCGACAACUUCCACGCCUUCCUCGCCGGCGCCCAGGCCAUGGACAAGCACUUCCGCGAAGCCCCCAUCGAGAAGAACAUCCCCAUGCUCGGCGGUCUCCUCAGCGUCUAUUACAGCGACUUCUACGGCGCGCAAACCCACCUCGUCUCCCCCUUCGACCAGUACCUGCACCGCUUCCCCGCCUACCUGCAACAGCUGUCCAUGGAAUCCAACGGCAAAUCCGUCGACCGCGACGGCAAAAUGGUGUCCUACACCACCGGCCCCGUCCUCUUCGGCGAACCCGCCACUAACGCACAGCACUCCUUCUACCAGCUCCUCCACCAGGGCACAAAGCUCAUCCCAACCGACUUCAUCAUCGCUGCUGAGUCCCACAACCCAGUCGAGAACAACAAGCACCAGCUCAUGCUUGCCUCCAACUUCUUCGCCCAGGCUGAGGCGCUCAUGGUCGGCAAGACCGCCGAGCAGCUCAAGGCCGAGGGCACGGAUGAUGGGUUGAUCCCGCACAAGACGUUCCUGGGGAACAGACCUACGACGUCGAUUAUGGCACAGAAGAUCACCCCUGCGACGCUCGGUGCGCUGAUUGUUUACUACGAGCAUGUCACGUUCACGGAGGGCGCGGUGUGGAACAUCAACUCGUUUGAUCAGUGGGGUGUUGAGCUGGGGAAGUCACUGGCGAAGACGAUCCUGAGUGAGUUGGAGGAGGAUAAGGAGGGGAAGCAUGAUAGUUCUACUGCGGGGUUAAUUGCUGCGUUUAAGGCGAAGGCGGCGAAGGGGUCGAAGAUCUAAGUCGGGGGGGGGGGGGGAGAUUGAAUAUUGACUGGCUCUGGAUUGCUGAGUAAAGAUUUAUGGGAGGGUGGAUUUCAAUGAAAUGUUACUCAACUGGUUUUGUGAGCUAUGUUUUUUGUUGCUAUUAGGCUAGAUUGUCUUGCGUGGCUUUAGGACAUCAAUGAAAAGUAGAGCUUGUAUUUAUCUUUGGAGAUGGGUGGUAUCCACUGGUCGUUGGGUCUCAGAAAAUCCCCGUCCCGCAGUGGACCAUCGAUAUAUAUUACAAUUACCCACCAUUACCAACAAACAGUGUUGCCCGAGUACUACUCGUUGCGAGUAGUACUCGACUCAAAGAAAUCUGAACUACUCGAGUACUACUCGAGUAGUUGCCAAGACAGCCAAGAGAUCGGGGUAAGGACGUAGACAGAAUUAUAGCAUAGGCAAAGUGAAG